CGCCGCCAUGGCCGAGUACCGGGUGCGGGUUCGCACCGGCACCGCUCCCGCCGCUGGCACCAGCGACGCCAUCGCCGUCACCCUGGUGGGGACCCGCGGGAGCAGCCCCAGGACCGCCCUCGAUCGCUGGGGACCCGACUUCCACUGCGGGGCGGUGACAGAGUACCGUGUCCCUGUCCCCUGUCCCCUGGGCCAGCUCGUGCUGCUCCAGGUGCACAAGGGGCCCUGCAGGGGCCUCCCCGAGAGCUCCUGGUACCUGGAGAGCGUCACCGUGUGGGGACAGCGCGGGGACAGCGGGGACGGGGACAGCGGGGACAGCGACAGCGGGGAGGAGGAGGAGGAGGAAGAGGAGGAGGAGGAGGAGGAAGAGGAGGAGGAGGAGGAGGAAGAGGAAGGGGACAGCGAGGAUGAGGUGACGGAGGAGGAUGAGGGGACAGGGGACAGCGAGGAGGAGGAGGAGGAGGAGCUGGAGGAAGAGCCCGAGGACACCGAGGGUGACAUCGGCACUGCCACCACAGGUGACACCGAUGAUGUCGCUCACCUGGGCCCCUUCCACUUCCCGUGCUACCGCUGGCUCGAGGGCUACGGCACCUGGGAGCUGCCUGAGGGCACAGCCACCACGCCGGCCAUGGAGUGGCACCCGCGGCGGCAGCGGCAGCGUCGGAGACACCUGGUGCAGCAACGGCGGCGCUACAGGUUGGCCCCGUUUGCCCCAGGCCUGCCCUGGGCGCUGCCCCUGGGGACUCCGCUGGAUCCAGACCUGAGCUACUCCGUGGCCAAAACCUCGGCCUUUUACCUGAGGGGCAGCGCUGCGAACCUGGAGGCCAAGCUGCGGGGGUUCCUGGCCCAGCCCAGCUCGUGGCCCAGUGUGGAGGCCAUGACGCGCGUGUUCCGCUGCUUCCACACCCCUGUCACCGAGUACGUGCUGCAGCACUGGCAGGAGGACGCGUUUUUCGGGGAGCAGUUCCUGAGCGGGGUGAACCCCGUCCUGCUGCGCCGCUGCCCCCGCCUGCCCCCCAACUUCCCCGUCACCCCCCCGAUGGUGGCCCCCAGCCUGGGCCCCGGCACCUCCCUGCGCCGGGAGAUGGAGGCAGGUAACAUCUACCUGGCCGAUUAUGGGGUGCUGCAGGGGCUCCCCACCGCUGUCAUCGACGGCCGCCCCACCUUUGUGGCCGCCCCCCUUUGCCUCCUGCACCAGCGCCCCGAUGGGGAACUGCUGCCCCUCGCCAUCCAG